ACAAUUAUUUGACUGAGGCUGAGCUUGCGCAAUACACAAGUUACGGCCCUGCGUUAGCUGGUUUAGGUUUUGUUGUUGUUCUUAAAAAAGGUGAAACCGUAAGAAGAGGUAAAGUGAAGACUUUUGUUUAGUUGUCGCAUGAGGUUGCUGGGUGAGCCCCUCCGUGCCAUGAUAGUUGAAAAGGUCCCCAGCCCCCCCUCCUUCUGCAGUUGAUGGAUCUGCAGCUGGCUUGGAGAUGACCGACAGCGUCAGAGCCUUCCUCCGCAAUGUUGCGACGGGGAUCAAGGACUCGAUUUGGGGAAUUGGCACCAUCUCCAAGCUGGAUGCCCGCAUUCAGCUGAAGAGGGAAGAGCAGCGCAGGCGGAGAGCCAGCGGGGCGCUGGCACAGAGACGGGCCCAGAGCGAGGAGCGCAAACCAGACAGUGAACCCAAACUAGCCAGUAGGAUUUUUCAGUGCUGUGCAUGGAACGGGGGAGUGUUCUGGCUCAGUCUGUUUCUUUUCUACCGGGUGUUUAUUCCUCUGCUGCAGACUCUCACAGCAAGGAUCAUCGGUGACCCCUCUCUCCAUGGCAACGUGUGGUCUUGGCUGGAGUUUAUUUUGACUUCAGUGUUCAGUGCUCUCUGGGUGCUCCCUCUGUUUGUACUCAGCAAGAUAGUCAAUGCCAUCUGGUUUCAGGACAUAGCCGACCUGGCAUUUGAGGUUUCAGGUCGAAAGGCGCAACCCUUCCCUAGCGUCAGCAAGAUCAUCGCAGACAUGCUCUUCAACCUCCUCCUCCAGGCCCUCUUCCUUAUUCAGGGAAUGAUCGUCAGUCUCUUUCCCAUCGAUGCCAUUGGACAGAUGGUCAGCCUGCUCCACAUGUCUCUGCUCUACUCCCUCUACUGCUUUGAGUAUCGCUGGUUCAACCACGGAAUUGAGAUGCACCAACGGCUGUCCAACAUUGAAAGAAACUGGCCCUACUACUUUGGCUUUGGUCUUCCCAUGGCCCUGUUGACUGCCCUCCCAUCUUCAUAUAUAAUUAGUGGCUGUCUGUUCUCCAUCCUCUUCCCUCUCUUCAUCAUCAGCGCUAACGAGGCCAAGACCCCAACGAAGCUGUACCACUUCCAGCUGCGCCUCUUUUCCCUGGUGGUCCUGAUCAGCAACAAGCUGUUCCACAAGACGGUCCACCUCCAGUCCUCCCUGACCUCCUCCACAUCCACCGAGAAGCUGCCGUCCCCCCACGCCUCGCCCACCCGCCAGAGACCCCUGUCUUCCCAGUGAUGAUCCCUAGAGGGCGACAGAGAGCCGGCUAUCAGUUCUAGUCAGUAAAAAAAAGUGUGCGAUUCUGGGAGAAGAAUCACUCAUCAGAAGGAGAAAUGACGUUUGUGUGGUUCAAGGGAGAGUUUUUAGUGUUUUUAUUGAGUCUGUGGCCCUUUCAUAUUCUUUAGGUGCACCUAUCAGGUGUGUUUUUAAUGUGAAUAACUUUUGGGGGAUUUGACUGCCCUGUGCCUCACCCUUAAACAACACUAAUGUGAUAAUGUUUAAUUUCCUUUAUGUUAAAUUGCUUUUUUUAAUGUAUGAUGUGCCAUUUUGAGUGCUUUGGGCGUUUUCAAAUACAGCACACAGUUGCAUACAUUUUUCUCUGCUUUUUUGCCCCUAUGCUUACAAUUGCAAUGUUUACCAUUUUUACAGCAGUUGGUGAUAUGGAGGAGUACAAGGAAUAGGUUACAUUUUUACCAAACCCUAAGCUACAUUAAUUAGUUAGAGACAGCUUUUUACACUGGUCAGGUGAUUUUUGGUGUUCUUUAUACGAAAGAAUGAGUGGAGACAUAAAUCAUCCAAAGUGUGUAACAAAAAGAAAACACGUGUUCUCCAUCCCUAUUGAAGGAGAAUAUGUUCAUUGAUACGAGAAGCACAUGGUGUUGUCUUGUGACAUUCUUCUGGGUGGCAAGUGACCUUCUCUCCCAGACUGGUUGUAUUCUUGCACAUGCAUUGCUUUUUGUCUGUGUAGUCAGGUUUUCACAGCUACGUCUUUGGUCUAACAGCCAGAAAUAAUAUUGUGCAGUAAAAACAAAGGGAGACUUUUCUUUUAACUAUAAGUGCUUUUUUUUCGAGGGAAUCAUAUUUUACAUUUCAGCAAGGGAGUUGGUCUAAAUAUCCCAUCAAAAGGAAAGAGCAUCCUUACUAACCAAAUUCAAAUUCAAAAAUGACAAAUGAAAAAUGAAAUGGUUGUAGAGUGUUAAUAGGUGACGCAAACUUUUUUGAACAAGUGGUUUUCUGUGGGUGUGUAGAAGUUUGACAAAGCUACAUGGCCCUGCUGCUGGGUCAGAGGACACUGCCAAACUGAUUGAUCUUCUCUGUUUGGAUUCAUUUUUACUUUUAUCAAUGCAACACAAAGCACUGCAGUACACUGUAGGAAGGCAUCACAGAUCACCGAUCUAACAGGGUUUUGUAUGAAGGAUGGUGCAUACCUUAUAAUAGAGGAGAAUCCCUCCACUGAUUGUUAUAUGUUCUCCACUGGCAAAUCCAUACAGACUAUGGGCAUCUUGUCACUUGUACUGUACAUGAUGUCACUAGGCUCUGAAUGUUUAACCAAAACUCUACCGUGGGGUAUCAUCCCAAUCUAGCUUUCUUUCUGUCAUAUUAUGGGUUGGUGGGAGGGGAAGUGUUUUUGAAACGGUAUGUAAUUAUUGUAAGAAGUGCAUAGUGUUUAUGUAUGCAGAUUCAUAUUUGUGAGUGAAGUUUUGUAAAAGUAUUAUGCCUAAUUUCAAUAAAAUUGGUCAGUAUACAUUACAUGUUGACUCCUUCA